AUGUGUCGAGAACGAAAAAUCGAUCAAAGUCAAGUUGAUAAUACAGCCACUGAUCAAUACAAUCAAUUAAUUGAACAACUUCAAAAUGAAUUAAAUGAAUUACUUACAACAACUGCCCAUUUACAAGAAGAAAGUGAACGUCUUGAACGUGAAGCACGUAAAUUAAUUGACGAAAAUAUUCAAGUACAAAUUGAAGCACGUUUACUUAAAGAAAAAUAUCGUCAUCGACAACGACGCCGACAACCCUUAUCUAUAAAAAGACGAAAACGAUUAAAUUUUCAACAAUUAAAACGACAAAUACAACAUCAACGUCGAAGUUUUCUUCGUUUUGAACGUCGUUUACGUGCUAAAUAUGAACAACCAUUACAUCAAAUUGUAUCGAAUUCAACGAGAACUGUACAACAACCUCGUUCUCGUCGUAUUCGAUCUAUGCCAUCAGAAUCUAUUGAUUAA